GGGAGCCGGCGCUGUGCUGCCAAGCAACGACUCGGGCAGCCCGACUUGCCGCCAGUCGAACGCAUCGAGGCAGCUACGCCCGCCGCGCAUGCUCCUCCUGCUCGCGGCGGCAUCGAUCACAUCGUCCCGUCUGUCUGUGCGAGCCAUGGCUGACCCUGGGCAAGCCGCCGCCGACGCGGCCCUCACACAAGCGGAACAAGCGCGCAACUCCGCGCGCGACCGCAUGAUGGCCGACAUCGGCGAGGGGGCGACCUGCACUGACGCCGACGACGCGUCCUCGAAGACGAUCCUCGUGCGCGGCUGCGACCCCGUCAUGGCCGAACGCGCGGGCCAGAUGCUGCCGCCUUUGUUGGGAGGCGUGACCAUCGAGGCGGCGACGCAGGACGAUGCGUUCUUCGAGCUGCUCGGGUCCUCAAAAAAGUACGACGCUGUGUUUUUCGCGCCCGGGGCGUGUCGGUGGAGCGCCGCACGCAAGCCGAUCCCCGGCGGCAACGCUGAGACAGCUGGAUGGUCCCUCGACGACUACCGCGCCAAGGUUUUACAGAUGCAGCCGUCCGCCAAAGUCGUCGAGACCUGCGAGGAGCGCGACAUCGUGCCUCUGUUGAGGCAGGCGCUCGGCCUGCGAUGAGUCGACCACGAAGCCAUCGUCGCCGAGCCCCAUGCCGGUCACGUUGGCCUGUUGUUGAGCCUGCUGGAAGCUAGGACCGUAAGAGAGAACUACCUCCGAGAGUCGCGUCGGCUAGUAGUCAGUCAGUCGACGCGCUGUCGCGGCGAUGGCGUCACCCUCGCGCCGUCGCGGCGACCGGGAAACAACUACCAUAAUAACAC